ACUAUUUGAUGUCAUGUUAUGCAUUCCGUCUAUGAUCUUUGAUUCGUAUGCGUGUCAGUGUUGAUGGUUAAUUCCUCCAUUUUGAUAUUCUAUGCAGCAUCGUCUUGUCCCCGGACUGUCCUACACAGUGAAAGUACACUUCUGUCCUAAAGAAUGGCGCUACUUCUACGACUGUAUUCGGGUUCAUUGCAAGGGGGAAGAGAAUUUACAGGUACCAGUCCAUGCCUACCCCAUCAUCGAUGACUUGCACAUCCCAACACACAUCACCAUACCAGCUGUCCCACUGGGCCAAAGUGUCAGCCAUGUGAUCCCUCUGAGCUGCAGCUGUCCCAUUGACUUUGAGUUCCAGGUGUACAUCAUCCAGCCACACAAGGCCUUCUCGGUCCAGCCCCUGUCAGGAGUGAUUCCAGCCAAUGGGAAGGUGGAGGUGACCGUCACAUUCAGGCCGUUCCAGUAUGACACGUCCCAGGUCACUCUACAAGUGGUCAUCUCCCAGUUCAAUUCCAAACCCUACGUCUGCACCCUCAGCGGGUCCUCCUCUGACUCCCAAUCAGAGUCGUUGUACUGUGGACUUCACGAGUCGUCUUUUGUUUUGUAG